AAUCUGUUCAACAUGUGGCUGAGCAAUCAGACUCUGGGUAGUGACUUUUUCCUGUUGGGACUCUUUAGUCAAAGCCCACACCCUGACAUCCUCUUCUUUAUCAUCUUCGUUAUAUUUCUCAUGGCUGUAUCUGGGAAUAUCAUCUUGAUCCUUCUGAUCCACAUUGACUCCUGUCUACACACUCCCAUGUACUUCUUUAUCAACCAGCUCUCACUCAUGGACCUCACCUAUAUUUCUGUCACUGUGCCCAAAAUGCUGGUUAACAAGCUGGCUGAAGUAAGGACCAUCUCUGCUGUAGGAUGUGGGACCCAGAUGUUCUUCUAUCUGUUGUUGGGUGGUUCAGAGUACUGUCUUCUAGCUGCCAUGGCCUAUGACCGCUAUGUGGCCAUUUGUCAUCCAUUACGAUACUCUGUCCUCAUGAACCACAGGGUGUGUGUUCUCCUGGCAUCUGGCUGCUGGUUUGUGGGAUCAAUGGAUGGUUUCUUACUCACUCCUGUCACCAUGACCUUCCCCUUCUGCAGGUCCAAGGAGAUCCAUCACUUUUUCUGUGAGGCCCCUGCUGUAACGAAGCUCUCUUGCUCAGAUACCUCCCUCUACGAGAUUUUCAUGUACCUGUGCUGUAUUAUUAUGUUAUUCAUCCCAAUGUCAGUCAUUUCAGCAUCCUAUUACUUUAUUAUCCUUACUGUUCACAGGAUGAACUCAGCAGAAGGUCGAAAAAAGGCCUUUGCCACCUGCUCUUCCCACAUCACAGUGGUGAUCCUCUUUUAUGGGGCUGCUGUCUAUACUUACAUGCUCCCACGCUCCUACCACACCCCUGAGAAGGACAUGGUGGUGUCCUUCUUCUACACCAUUCUUACACCUGUCCUGAAUCCUGUCAUUUACAGCCUUAGGAAUAAGGAUGUCACAGGGGCUCUGAAAAAAAUGCUAAGAGCAGGGAAAGUUCCUUAUUAA